UGAGAAUCAAAUGCAGACCUUCUGCCACACGCAAACAGCAGCAGCAUGGGGAGUAACUCGUCUCCACCCACAGUCUUACAGCUCUGCUAUGAGAAUGUAAAUGGGUCCUGUGUGAAAACUCCCUACUCGCCUGGGUCCCGGGUCAUCCUGUAUGCAGUCUUUGGCAUGGGGGCUGUGCUGGCAGUGUUUGGAAACCUCCUGGUAAUGAUAUCCAUCCUCCAUUUCAAGCAGCUGCACUCUCCCACCAAUUUCCUCAUCGCCUCUCUGGCUUGCGCUGACUUCUGGGUGGGAGUCUCUGUGAUGCCCUUCAGCAUGGUCAGGUCCAUCGAGAGCUGCUGGUACUUUGGAAGAAGCUUCUGCACUUUCCACACCUGCUGUGAUGUGGCAUUUUGUUACUCUUCUCUCUUCCACCUGUGCUUCAUCUCCAUCGACAGGUACAUCGCUGUCACUGACCCUCUGGUCUAUCCCACCAAGUUCACGGUGUCUGUGUCAGGAAUUUGCAUCAGCAUCUCCUGGAUUCUGCCCCUGGUGUACAGCGGUGCUGUGUUCUACACAGGGGUCUAUGAUGAUGGCCUAGAAGAAUUAUCCAAUGUCCUCAACUGUGUAGGAGGAUGUCAGGUAGUUGUGAAUCAGAACUGGGUGCUGAUAGAUUUUCUUUCCUUCUUUAUACCAAGUCUUGUUAUGAUCAUUCUGUAUGGUAAUAUUUUUCUGGUAGCUAGGCAACAGGCUAAAAAGAUAGAAAAUAUUGGCAGCAAAACGGAGUCAUCUUCAGAGAACUACAAAGCCAGAGUGGCAAAGAGGGAGAGAAAAGCAGCCAAAACCCUGGGAAUCACUGUGGUGGCAUUCAUGAUCUCGUGGUUGCCGUAUAGCAUUGAUUCAUUAAUCGAUGCUUUUAUGGGAUUCAUCACCCCUGCCUACAUUUAUGAGAUUUGUGUUUGGUGUGCUUAUUACAACUCAGCCAUGAAUCCUUUGAUCUAUGCUUUAUUUUACCCAUGGUUUAAGAAAGCUAUUAAGGUUAUUAUGAGUGGCCAGGUGUUCAAGAACAGCUCAGCCACUAUGAACUUGUUCUCUGAGCAAAUAUAA